AUGGCCAGUGACUGUGGCCCGACUCGAAAAUAACCCUCUUCUCAAAAGGGACCAUCACCGCCCCGAGCGUGCGCACACAGACCGGUCGGAGGCGAGAACCGGUCUCUACAGGGCACAGUUCAGCUCCUCUGUGGAUGCGUCCCCAGAUCGCAGGAUUUCCAAGAAAUCGAGCCUGUCCCUUGUGCACUUGGGAAUAAUUCCCCAAGACAGCACUUCGGGAUUCCGGGUUAUCCUGAGGCUGCCCGGGACUUUUCCAGCUCUCCAGCCCCAGGUCUCCUGACAUUGUGUUCCAGGCUGCGGGCUAAGCCAGACAGUGUUUGCCUCCGGUUCUUUCCACCGUGGGAAGCGAACGCCACCCCCACCCGCCUUUGCCUGCGAGUCUCCCUCGCUGGCGAAGGGAAGCCGGCCCGGUCCCGGGAGGAAGAUGGCGCAGCGAAUUCGGUGAGGACAGCCGGCCCCGCCCCCGACAAGGAGCUCGCUCGUUCACCUGGUGUCUGGGAACUUGAAUGUGUGAAGGGCGCUUAUUGUUCUGAACCCUUGAUUGCUCCCUCCUCGGGCUGCAUUUCAAAAAUAGUCAUAUUUUUAAAGGAGUUGGAGGAGAGGGAGGGGGAGGACAUGGCACCAUUCCAGAAACCAGCAUUGUUACAACACCAUAGCCAGUAUAUUUAGUUUGGCUUUUCCUAACAUAGAAAUCUUCAAAGGUGGGGAAGUGGAAAUAAAGUUUUAAAAAUGAGAGAGCAGUUUUCCAACUAUGUCAACAAAGCCUAUCGUGUUGAUGUUUUUAUUGACCAUUUUAGCAACAUGCUAAUAAAAUUUCAAAUUGAAAUUUUUAUUUUCAUGGCUUUAAUCCAUGAUAGUUUAAAUACUGGGGGCCAUUAAGAGUGGAUGUAGCUAAGAGCUUAGCUAACAUUGCCUUUUCACUCUAUUUUUCUCAAAUAUUGUAAGCAUUCUGUUUUUGAAUAUUGUAGUUAAUUUUUUGGCUUUCAACAGCAGCCCUAGUAAUGGUGGAGUUGUUAAUUAAUGUGUAUAUUGUACUGAAUUUCUGUCAGUUAAGGGGUUCACUGCUUUGGUGGAAAUUGGUGGAAAUUGCUAGCAGGUUCCAUGAUGUUAUUUUUUUCUCCAUGUUGUAUAUCAUUACCAUUUCACAUAUGCAUUUCUAUUUUUCUUCCUCUCCUCCUGAUCUCCUUAAAAAUGAAUCUAGAGUUGGUGGCUUUUUCCCCCUCCUCUUUAGCCAGUUCCACAGUUCAGUUCUUCCUGAAAACAGGGAUGAUGAACUUGUAGGAUCAGGACAAAUGUGUGUUUUUCAAAAACUUAAGGCUAAGUGUGAAACACCUUCUCUGGACAAGGAUUUGUAAACUUCUCUCCUCCCUCCAGCUGCGGCCCCAGCCUAACUGAUAGUUACUUGAUUCAGUGUGCUAGACACUUAUAGCAUCUAUGUCUCUUUCAAGGGAAUUUGUCAAAUAAUGCUGUUUAGCUAAUUGUUGCAAGCAAUUGCAUAUUAACAGCUGUGAUUUUGUUGGACAGCAAGUAUUAUGGCCAAAGCCAGUUUCUUGGCAUUUCAAAAAUAAUGCAAUAAAAACUAGUUGAGGUUAGCUGAGACUGGAAAUGCCUUUUUCAUGGUAAAUGAUUCACUUCUAUAUUUUUCUUUCUUUUUCUUUUUUUUUCUUUGGUUUUCAUCCUGGAUUCAUCCCCUGAUCUUAAAUCAAAAGGUCAGAUCAAUGAACUAUGAACUAAAGUAUUUUUCUUAAGCCUAUUGAGUGAUUUAUUUUUUAAAAAAUGUUUAAAUGCAUAUGCUUUUCUUUCAGCACAAACAACAGCAAAAACUUUUGUAAUAACUAACUUACCUUUGCAUGUAUGAAGAACUGAGUCAUUUAUUUCCCUAACUUACUCCUCUUUCAAGUAACAGGUGGCAGAUCAUAAAAUGAAUUCUUUAUUGUAUCUACACACUCCACAUUCUUUACUGUGUCCUACUACUGUAUCUUGGCUCCCUGCUGUAUUAAACACCAUCUUAAGCA